UCUAUCUGUCAGAGGUUUUCUCGUGCUUGCGCUUUACAUUAUUUUUAAAGUUGAAUUAAAAUACAAAUUAUUAAUAACAAAGUUGUAAUAACAUAAAACGAUGCCAGAAGUAUCUCUUAAAGACACUAUUAUCACAUCGUUGAACGCACAAGAACCAUGGCCGGACAAUGUGAAACUAUUCCAACCUUACGAGGUGGAGCAAAUUUUGCUUCCGGAUAACGCUAGCUGUUUAGCAGUUCAAGCUUUCUUAAAGAUGUGUAAUCUACCAUUUGAAGUGGAAAUGCGGUGGAAUGCAGAGUUUAUGUCACCAUCUGGUCGUGUGCCGUUCAUAAAAUGUGGAGCAUUUGUUGUGUCCGAGUUGGAACCGAUCGUGCAGUUCGCAGCCAAUAAGGGUGUGACAUUAUGUUCCAAAUUAUCAACGGAGGAGAGGGCUGAGAUGAGGGCGUACAUGAGUCUCAUAACCAAUGUUUUGGUAAAUGCUGAGUUAUACAUAUCGUGGGUAGAUCAAGAAACAUUCAAUACUGUGACGCGCGUGCGCAACUCGUCAGUGUAUCCGUGGCCGCUGGGCUGGUUACAGACUAGGUCGAAGCGCUCCAGUGUUAUAAAGCGAUUGAAAGCGCUGCACUGGAACGAAAAGACGUUAGACCAGGUGUUGGCAGAUGUCGAACAGUGCUGCAACUCACUGAGUCAGCGUUUAGGUGACAGGGAUUACUUCUUUGGAACACCAUCUCCAUUGGACGCUCUAAUCUACGGGCAUAUGAAGGCGUUACUGUCAGCCACUGGGCCAAAGGCAGCUCUCAUGAUUAAGCCGAUCACGAAUGCGCUGCUGAAACAUUUCCUGAGAAUGUCUAAUAUAACGCAAAUGAAAUUGACGCCCCAGGAGGAGUAUCUAGUUGCCCAGGGCUGCCAAUUGUGUGUGAAACGACGUGUGUCCCCUGUACGCAGUCUGUCAAGGGUGAAACGUUCUAAGAUGUGCAUUAGAAAGUCUAGCCGGGAUAACCUUGUAUGCAAUAAGGAUGUCUUUGGCUUCAAACCAUUCGCGUCAAAACAAAUAAUAAUAAUGACGUCAAACGAAGGGAAAAUAACGUGUGAAUAUAAUUCUAAUUCAAAUAAAAAGAUAGCAUUGACCGAUGUGAAUAAAUUUAUUAUCGAUAUUGUAGACGAACUUAUCGAUAAAGUCGAUAAAAUAUCAGAUAAUAAAUUAAAAUAUAUCCAUAGAGACGAUUUUGAAGUUAUAGCUUAUCCGAAUGAAAAUUUCAAUUUUGAAAGGAAAGUUAACGACUUGGAUACCAUCGAUGAAACUGGUACUGACGUCACAGUUUCCGAUUUAGAGGAGGAGGAGAUAAAAGUUAUUGAUAGUGUCGUCGAUAGUGAUGUGAUUGUCGAUACGGAAACACUUUUCGAUUCUGAUGUUGUUAUUAAUUCGGAUAUUAGAGAGAGUUCGGAAAACUUUAUGGAUUCUAGCAAUGACUAUAUGAGGGAAGUAAAUAAAGAUGUGAUUGAAUCUUCAAGAUGUUCUAACGCAAAGAUGUCUAGUGGAAUAGCAAGAGAUCCGAUUAUGACAGUAAAAGUGCCGAGUAACAAUCGUAUAAGUUUUGAAAGCCUCUUGAAAAUUAUGAGUAGGCAGAACCCAGUAUAUAACCCAUACCAUGGAGAUGUACAACUCGAUUAAUUUUGUACAUGGCAACAUUUCACAACAGUCCACUUGAAAUUUAAAUUAUCUGUGCGCAGUUCAAAGCGGGAAAUUAAAUAUUAAAU